AUGAUGCCCGACAACAUCGCCAAGCUCAACAAGGCGGUCCAAAUGGAGCUCAACCCGGAGGCCCGCCGCGUCCCGGAACCGGUGGAGGCGGAGUUGGAACAGCGUGUUCUCAAGUGGAUCAAGAUUGCGCGAGAGCGAUUCAUGACAACAAACAUCGGGCUGAGCGGCACAAUGAUCCAACAUCGGGCCGUGAAGUUCGCGUCCGAGAUGGGCAUCAAGUUCGCUGCGAGCAACGGUUGGCUUCACCGCUUCCUCAAACGCUACCAGUUGAAGCACAUCAACCUGCACGGGGAAGCUGGCGACGUGGACCAGGGGAAGGUGCAGGAGAAGAUUGCGCAGAUUCGGGAGCAGCUGAAGGAGUUUGACGUCGAGUUCAUCUUCAACAUGGACGAGACGGGUCUUUUCUACCGCUAUUUCCCGAGAGGCACGUACGUCACGAGCCAGGAGGACGCUGCUGGCGUCAACAAAAAAAACCGAGCGGGGCUCGAAGGCCACGAAGGCCAAGGACCGGUGCACCGUGGUGGCCUGCUGCAAUACAACCGGCUCGCUGAUGGUGCCGCUGGCCGUCAUCGGCACGGCGGCAAAUCCGAUGGUUUUCCGCAAGCAAAUCCGCGAGGGGAGGUGGCCGUCAUCUGGGGCAACUGCCCCGGCCACAAGUUCAUCAACAUCCACCCGCAGAUCGUCAUCACCUUCUUGCCGCCCCUCGUAACGUCCGUUUUUCAGUCGAUGGACAUGGGUUCCCUCUUCACCCUCAAGUGCCGGUACAAGACCGAGGUGGUGGUGAAGCUGUCGGACGUCAUCGAGGACUGGGACACCGUGCUGGCUCAAGGCCAUCAUCCUUCCCGAGGAGCACGAGAACGUCCUCAAGAGGAAGGACACGUCGCUGGAAAGGACAACGGGAAGGGGGGGGAGGUGGGGGACAAGGGGGGGGACAAGGGGGGGGACACGGGCGAAAGGGGACUCAUCGACGGCAUUUGCGACUUGGUCGCGAAGCUGUCGAUGCCAGACAGCGUCGACGUCACCGACGCCAGAAAAAUUCCAGGGGUGUUGACGGACAAUUUGUUUGUCGAGAAGAACUCGGGCCUCGCUGAUGUAGAAGUGCGAAAGGCAACUAAGACGUGGCUUUCCCUAGAGGAUGACCCCAGCGUGUUGGAAGACGAGGUAGCUCUGGAACCGGGAUUGUGGAGCAGAACAUGGCAAACUUGGAGGUUGAUGCCUCUUCUGACGACGAAGAUGGCGGGGAUAGGCCAGCCUCGUGUAUUACAUCUUCGAUGACAGAGGCUCAGGUCCGCGCUAGCG